UUUUGUCUUAUUCUCCGAGAAUUCAGAGGAAGGCGUUGGCCUAUCUUCUACUUCAAAUCUAGGGUUCGCCAAUCUGAUUUUGAUUGGUCCGAUAAUCAGAUGUUCCAUACGAAAGUUUCUGUUUGUGACCAUUGAUCAGAAUUUCCCCGCUCUGCCUCGUGCUGAAAUCCAGUCGCCCUGGGAGGUGCCCAUCAGAGUGUGGAAUCAUUCUUCAAUGGACCCUGACAUGAUUCGUCCGCGGAGAAGCAAGCCUUGUCCACCAACACCAAGACCACACGGUGAAAACGUUGUAGAAGCAUGUCAACAUGAUAGCUAUAAUUUUCGCGAAGAUCCAUUACCACCACCAAUAUCACCAUCGUUAUGGGCAUGUCAUCAGCCACCACGACCCCCAUCGCACGUCAGAAACUAUUACUGGAAUGAUAACUUGGACCGGUUCUCGAGAAUGCAGAGAGGGGACCAGAGCCCUUAUAUGGGCUAUAGAAUGAAUUUUCGUGACCCUUUGAAUGACUUUCAUGAGGAUCAUACUCUACGUCAUUGCAUCCGCCAAUGUGAAUGGGGCACCACCGCGGACAACCACCCCCUUUGUUGGGGUACCACGGUGAACCACCAACAUCCUAUUUUCCUCCAACGGGUGAUUAUGGUUACCAACAUAGCUAUGAGAAUCCAAAUAGUUGCACAAUUAUGUGAUGUUUUCUCUCUAGCUAUAUGUACAUUUUCUAUAUUAAUCUUUGGUUAUAUAAAAAAAAGGUUUAGUUUCCAAGGUUUUUUUAGACAUAAAGAUGAAGAGAGGCAAGACUUAUUUGAAAGCAUAUAUAUAUUGAACAAUUAAUGUACGCUCUCGAUCUCUUCAUUACAUCAUUGGGUUGAAACAUAUUCUUGAUGAUGAGUUUGCUAGC